UAAGCAUCAAAGGGAUGACAAAACAAGACACGAAAUUCAACACGUUCGGCAGUAACGAUGAAGCUUAAAACGUCGGCGGGUCUUCUGCUCUUCUGCUGCUUCGCCUUUUUCUCCGCAAAAUCGGAAUUAAUCGGUGCUGAGGAAUUGGAGUCAGUGUUGUACGAAGAACUGGGCGAUGGCACCGUGGCCGUCGACAGGUUCAAGUCGACAAUCGACUGGCGGUCCCUGGACCCGAUUUUCGGCGACUUCAACCCAAGCCCUCGUCUCGACUCGUGCUCAAAUCUCGGUGUCGGCCGCUUCCCUGUCUUGGGGGACUGCGGCAAGUUCCUCGAGUGCCACGCCGAGACCAACAACACAGUAGAAGUGACGUACACCAGAAGGAUCGUCCAGUGCCUCCAUGACUUUUGGUUUAGCGAGAAGAGUGGUGAAUGCGGUGUCAAAGGUGAUGUUUGUCCUUACGGACGCCUCGUUCCCGCUUCUCCGGCGAUACGGCUGGCGCAACGCACCCUGAAACCGACCUCCUUGAGCUGCACGCGCGAGGGUUGGUUCCCACAGCCGGGCUGCACAGGCUUUCACGUUUGCCGUAGCACCAAGUACGGCCUCAAGAGGGAUGAGUACACGUGCGGCGCAGGCAACCUUUACGACGAGACUACCCAAAAAUGCGUCUCAGCCGCGCUAAAAUUUAAAUGCUCCGUUCCUCUUGCUGAGGAGGUGUGUCUGCGUCCAUGCAUUGAAGGUGACACCAGAGUAUGUAGCUACCAAUUCAUCGUGCAAGAACACGUGAGCAUGAGCACCGUCCACUGCGGCGACUGUCCCUACAAUUUGGACGACUGCAACCUGCCCGGCUGCAUCAGUGCCGGUGGCCUCCAGCGACCCUUGAUCUCCAUCAACCAACAAAUGCCAGGACCAGCCAUACAGGUGUGCUUCGGUGACACGAUUGAAGUGGACGUGGUGAACCUGCUUACGACCUCUGCCGUGACCAUUCACUGGCACGGCCUCCUUCAGCGAGCGACGCCCUUCAUGGACGGAGUGCCCUAUUUGACGCAGUGUCCCAUUCCACCUGGCAACUCGUUCCUAUACAGAAUGAUCGCAGACGAGGCAGGAACUCACAUUUAUCACUCUCACAUUGGUCACCUUGACGCAGACGGCAUUCACGGCGCAUUAAUUGUGCGCGAGCCGCAAGCAAGUGAGGAAGGCCUGAUCGGCAGGUACGACCAGGACCUCCCUGAACACACCAUCCUCGUGUGGCACUGGUACCAGAAUAUGGGUGAGGUGCAGAGUUUGGACUUGAAGCUGCUUAGCCAGCGCAGGGAAGGAUUCGGCUUCUUGAUCAACGGCAAAGGGGUCGUCGGCCAGCGAUUCGCAGCCAACGGCAAACGCAGACAGGAGCCCAUCACAAACUACUACGUCAACUCGGGAACAAGAUACCGUUUCCGCAUCAUUUUCAACGGUCCUCUGAUGUGUCCCAUUCAAAUUUCGAUCGAUGGCCACCAACUGGAAAUCUUGGCCGUCGACGGAAAUGCCGUGCAAAGCAGUGACGGGCUUGUCGAAUCUGUCUUUCUAACGGCGGGUGAACGAUUGGACGUUGUUCCUUUCGCAACUGUAUCAACCUGGGAUUCUGCCUUCUACGUCAGGGUGCGUGGAUUGGACGACUGCAAUGAACUGAAGAAUGGUGUUCACCAGUAUGCGAUUCUGCGCUACGACAAUUAUGCGGGAGCGGUGCUCAAUUACCCUGAGCCGUCGUACAACAGCGCUAUCAGGCCAGGAAGGGCUUUCAACCUGGACAGAGAUAUUUUCAACUCAGUAACGCAAAAUAGAAUAUCAGCGGAUUCACUGGUCAACUACAACACUGCCCUGAAUCGACCUGAUAAUCUGGAAGGAACGCCUGACAAACGUUUUUAUGUUGACGCCAGCUUUAAUGUGUACAGCGAGUCUUCUGGUGUUCAAUUUGUCUACCCUCAGAUGAACAACGUGACGUGGGCGUUUCCUUCGUUCCCUGUCCUCACGCAGUGGCAGCAGAUCACCAGCACGACCUUGUGCACGGACCAGUACAACACGCCAACAGGCUGCGAAGGAUCGCACUGUGUUUGCCCGAAUACACUUCUGGUCCAAACAGGAGAUCUCGUCGAAAUCGUUCUCUAUGAUCCACGAGGGCCAUUCGAAAUCGGACAUCCGUUCCAUCUGCACGGAUACGAUUUCAAGGUGGUUGGCCAUUAUUAUUUUAGUAGCCAAACGUACUACGAAGAAGUGAAAAAUUUGGUAGAAAACACGAAUGAUAUUGUAAAAAAUCCGAGUGGGCCGUGGAAAGAUACAGUGCUCCUCCCUGGAAAAGCGCUCGUCCUCCUCAGGUUCCGCGCUAACAAUCCAGGAUAUUGGAUGUUCCACUGCCACAUUGGAGAGCACGCAGCUCUAGGAAUGGCACUCACUUUUAAAGUGGGCGAACAUUACGAGAUGGUCGAGCCGCCGGUGAACUUCCCAACUUGCGGCAAUUUUGCCUAAUUAAUUAAUUCAGCGAUGGAAGAUUCUGAAUGAAGAAAAAAUUAGAAUUCAAAUUACUCUAUUUGUUAGAUAUCCCCUUUUUUGAGGUUAUUUUUUUAAAAAAUUAAUUUUUGGUAGUUUCACGAUCCCGACUAAAGUUGUGAUCACAAAUUGUAGAGCUCUCAAAAAACCUGUAUUCAUACCCAUGAAGAUUAUUUGCGUGUUGAUUAAUUUAUGCUUUCUCCUCGGUGUAGCAAUUUUUUAAAUUUAGUAGACAGCAUCGACAACUGAAUAUUCAAAACCCUUUGAGCUUAUAAAUGUUUGAAAAAGGCUUAGUUGUUCAACGAUUGUUUUAAACGAUCUGAAUGCCGUAAUAAAUUAAUAAAUCAUGAUGUCGUUGAUUGGGUUUAUUUAAUUUAAGUUUUUGCAAAGCAUUUGGUUUGGAAUGAAACAAUAAAUUACAUGAAUAUAAAACAUUUAAA